AUGAAGGAUCGCCAAGAAGAAGGCUUAGUUGCAUUAUCUACGCUUUUAGGCAAAGACCUCAAUAGCGAAGAAGUCUUGCGCGAGAGAGACAAUAUUCUUGAAUCCAUCCUAGAAGAGCGAGAACAUUUUGUUCCUGUCAUUGAUGUUAUUCUUUGUCGCGACAAAACACAAAACCUAAGAAGAAUGGUGUUGGGUUGUGGUACAAUGGCCAUGCAACAACUUUCAGGUGUAAACGGAUUGGGUUAUUAUAUGCCAACGUUGUUAACAGACAUCGGCCUGACAGGGGUCUCGUCGCGAGCUUUCACAGCUGGCUAUAAUACAAUGUACUUGAUCUCUGCCUUCUGCUGUCUUUUGAUUAUAGACAGGGCAGGAAGACGUCCAAUGCUAUUUGCAGGUUCAAUUGGCAUGACUAUUGCUUACCUUCUUGCUGCUUUUUCUAUUCUUGGAUUCCAACAACACCCGGAGCACAAAAAUUCGCUACAGAAGCUUACAAUCUCAAGUUUCUUUAUUUACUAUUUCUGCUAUGGUAUGACUUAUGCUAAGCUUCCAUGGUGUAUAUUGUCAGAGAUACCAGCCAUCUCUCAUAGGACAGCUGCCGCUGGCGCAGCUACUGCAACUAAUUGGAUAGGUUCGUUUAUCGUAACUCAAUUCACACCGCCUGGAGUUAAGAAUCUUAACAUUUGGGGUUUCUAUCUUUUGUUUGCUUGUUUCUGUAUUUCCUUCUUGCCUAUUAGUUACUUCUUCUAUCCUGAGACUAUGAACAGAACUCUGGAAGACAUUGAUGAAAUCUUCUUCGAAUCUAAAUCUAUCUUUGUAUUCAGAAACAAAAACCUUACUCAACGCAAGCGACCUCAAGCUUAUAUUGACCGUGAGAACCAGAGAAUUGAAAACAUGAGAGCAGCUAGGAUGGAAGAGAGAAAAUUGAGUGUUGAAUAUGUUGACCACCCCGUUGAACAUAAAGCUUAA